CCGCUCCCCCGGCGGCCAGGAGGGCGGAGUUAACCAACUUUCUGUAGUGAACGACGGAUAGAUAUGUGUUCAGCCGGACUAGCUGACCCUUUGUAAGGGUUAAAGUGCUUAUUUUUAUAUUUCCUUGGUAGCGUUUAUAGCUCUUGGUGCAGCUUCAACAUGAUGCGCUUCCUGUUGCUCUUCAGUCGCCAGGGGAAACUGCGUCUGCAGAAGUGGUUCACGCCCAUGACCGAACGUGAGAAGAAGAAGAUCACCAGGGACAUGACCACCAUGGUGUUGUCACGGCAACCACGCUCCUGUAACUUCCUGCACUGGAAAGACUUAAAGAUUAUUUACAAGAGGUAUGCAAGCUUGUAUUUCUGCUUGGCCAUAGAUAACCAGGAGAAUGAGCUGAUAGCCCUGGAGGUUAUUCAACGCUACGUGGAGCUGCUGGACAAAUACUUUGGCAAUGUGUGUGAGCUGGACAUAAUCUUUAACUUUGAGAAGGCCUAUUUUAUCCUGGAUGAGUUUCUAAUUGGGGGCGAAAUACAAGAAACCUCCAAACAAAUGGUCAAUCGCUCUAUUGAAGCCUCGGACAUGUUACAGGAGGGUGACAGCAGUGAGUGGUUUGAGGUGGAGCUGUUUGGAUGACCUUGAAUAUGGACAGAAAGACCAUGGAGGAGUAUAUGAGCAAACCUGCAUUUUAACCCGUGGGGGAAAAGGACAGUAGGAAGCGCGGAGAGGAAUACAAGAACCAAAUAUAUUUCUGUAUUUGAGUCGAAGAAGUUUCUGAAUAUGGAUAUGGGAUUUACUUUGAUUCUAUUGAACAUUUUCAAAAGACGAAACGGGCAUAUUGAAUGUCUGCUCACCUUCUGCCUAAAACUUUGCUGCAAUGUAACUGCAUUUAAAAGUAAGUCUUGUAUUUGUUCAGAGUCAUGCGCUCAAUUGAAGGAAGGAAGGAAGGGGGUGGGUUGUUUUCACAUUGAUUGCUGUUUUAAAAUGUAACUGAAGUAGCAAUAGGAUCUGGGAUGUAAAAAAUGAUUUAAGGUUUAUGAAUUUGUUGAUUUUUAUUUAAAUGUAUUAAUAUAUUGGUGAGUGACUCUAUUCCAAAAUGCCACCAAUUGAUUUUGGAAAUAUUUCAGUCUCAAAAACAACAGAUUUGAACAGAUUAUGAUGACUUUCUUACUGUUUUAAAUCUGUAUAGGCUAUUUGACAUAUGUGGGUGUGAAUAUCACUAUUUUUUAUCAUGUGCAAUUUAUGAUGUCUGAGUUAAUAAUUAAAAUGUAUUUUGAUAAGCAG